GCAGGUAACGUUCAGGUUGGGGCUCUUUAGUGAGAAUCAGUGAAGAAGUGGUUUCCUGGAUGACUUCAUCAGUCUUUCUUUGAGUGUUUAAUGAAACAGAAAAUAUCUUCUCCAGGUGAAGACUCGGCUUCACAGAUCCCACCUGGACAGAAAUGUUGGCGUCAGGUUAGAGGAGACUCAGCUUCAGAUUCAAAGAUGGUGGGUGUUUGUGGUUCAUGUCUCUGAAUGACUGAAGUCCAGAAGAUGGAUGGUUGUGUGGAGAAAGAGGAGGAGAGACCAGAGUCUCCAGGAUCCAUCUGUCCGUCUAUGAAGAGUGACCAGUCCAAAGAACAUCCUCCAUUAUUCAGUAAAGAACCUGGACCCUCAGACACAGAAGGGAGGAAGAGGAGAGCAGUUGGUGUGGAGGAGCAGCCGUCCUGCUGUCCUUUGUGUCAGGACGUCCUGAAGGAUCCAGUCUCCAGCAGCUGUGGACACUGGUUCUGCAGACGCUGCAUGAGCUCAAACUGGGACCAGUCUGCUCCACCAGGAUCGUCCUCCUGUCCCCAGUGUGGAAAAAGAUCCAGAACCAGAGCUGGACUGCAGACAGCCAGUCAGAGCAGAACUGUACCAGCAGAUGCUGGUCUGCAGGAGGUCCUAGAUGAACACAAGACCAGUCUGAGGAGCAGAUGUGAACAUGUGACUGAAGGAACUGAUGAACCAGGAAGUAGAACCCCCCUCAACAGGAUCUACACGGAGCUCUUCAUCACAGAGGGACUGAGUGAAGAGGUUGAUACCCAACAUGAGGUGAUGCAGCUGGAGACAGCUCCCAGGAUGAAGAGACACCAUGACGCUCCAAUCAGGUGCCAGGACAUCUUUAAAGCCUUACCUGACCAACGUGGAGCCAUCAGAGUGGUUCUGACCAACGGCGUCGCUGGCGCUGGGAAAACCUUCUCGGUUCAGAAGUUCUCUCUGGACUGGGCCGAGGGCUGGGAGAACCAAGACGUCACCGUGGUGAUUCUGCUCUCGUUCAGGGAGCUGCACCUGAUCGGAGAUGAGCAGCUCAGUCUUCUCAGGCUGAUCCAGGUUUUCCAUCCAUCGUUCCAGAAGCUCACAGCAGAGCAGCUGGCUGCCGGGAAACCGUUGUUCAUCUUUGACGGCCUGGAUGAAAGCAGACGUUCCCUGGACUUCAACAACGGUCCGGUGGUUUCUGACGUCACACAGAGCUCAUCGGUCAACGUGCUGCUGACCAACCUCAUCCAGGGGAACCUGCUUCCCUCAGCUCUCAUCUGGAUCACCUCCAGACCUGCAGCAGCCAAUCAGAUCCCUCACAAACACGUGGACAGGGUGACAGAAGUACGAGGCUUCACCGACGGCCAGAAGGAGGAAUACUUCAGGAGGAGGUUCGGGGAUGAAGAGCGGUCCAACAGCAUCGUCUCCCACAUGAAGACAUCCAGAACCCUCCACAUCAUGUGUCAACUCCCGGUCUUCUGCUGGAUCACUGCUACAGUUCUGGACCACAUGUUGACCACAGAGCAGAGAGGAGAGCUGCCCAAGACCCUGACUGACAUGUUCUCCCACUUCCUGCUGGUCCAGACCAAGAGGAAGAGGAACAAGUACCAGGAGGGACAUGAGACGAGUCCACAGGAGCUGACGGAGGCUGACAGGGACCUUCUCCUGAAGCUGGGGAGGCUGGCGUUUGAACAUCUGGAGAAAGGAAACAUCAUGUUCUACCAAGAAGACCUGGAGCAGUGUGGUCUUGAUGUCCCAGAGGCCUCGGUGUACUCGGGAGUUUGUACCCAGAUCUUCAGGAGAGAGUGUGAGGUCUUCCAGAAACCCGUCUACUGCUUUGUUCAUCUGAGCAUCCAGGAGUUCCUGGCUGCAGUCUACGUGUUCCACUGUUGGUCCACCAGGAACACAGAUGUGCUGAAGAACUUCCUGGGAGGAUACUACUACAGAUACUCAUCUCUUGAUGACUUCCUGAAGAGAGUCAUGGAGAAAUCCCUGAAGAGUAAAAAUGGCCACCUGGACCUGUUUGUCCGCUUCCUUCAUGGUCUUUCUGUGGAGUCCAACCAGAGACUGUUAGGAGGUCUGCUGAACCAGACAGAGAACGAUCCAGAAACCAUCCAGACAGUCAUCAACAACCUGAAGGAGAUGAACACUGAAUAUAUCUCUCCUGACAGAAACAUCAACAUGUUCCAGUGUCUGAUGGAGAUGAACGACCUCUCAGUUCAUCAGCAGAUCCAAGAGUUCCUGAAGUCAGAGAACAGAUCAGAGAAGAAGCUCUCUAAGAUUCAGUGUUCAGCUCUGGCCUACAUGCUGCAGAUGUCGGAGGAGGUUCUGGAUGAGUUGGACCUGGACAAGUACAAGACAACACUAAGGGGUCGACAGAGACUGAUUCCAGCUGUGAGGAACUGCAGAAAGGCUCGAUUUGUUGGUUGUCAGCUCUCAGAGACUCACUGUGAAGUUGUUGCGUCCGCUCUGAAGUCCAACCCCUCCCAUCUGACAGAACUGGACCUGAGUCAGAACCAGGACCUGCAGGAUUCAGGAGUGAAGGUUCUGUCUGGUGGACUGGAGAGUCCAAACUGUAGACUGGAGACUCUGAGAUUGCAGAGCUGCAGGAUGUCAGGGAUCAGCUGUUCUUCUCUGGGCUCAGCUCUGAAGUCCAACCCCUCCCACCUGGAACAUCUGGACCUGAGUCUGAACAACCUGCAGGAUUCAGGAGUGAAACAUCUGUGGGGUUUCCUGGAGAGUCCAGACUGCAGACUGGAGACUCUGAGGUUGGAGGGCUGCUGGUUGUCAGAGAUCAGCUGUUCUUCUCUGGUGUCAGCUUUGAAGUCCAACCCCUCCCACCUGAAACAUCUGGACCUGAGCUGGAACCAGCUGCAGGAUUCAGGAGUGAAACAUCUGUGUGGUUUCCUGGAGAGUCCAGACUGCAGACUGGAGACUCUGAGCUUGCAGUGCUGCGGUCUGUCAGGGAUCAGCUGUUCUUCUCUGGUCUCAGCUCUGAAGUCCAACCCCUCCCACCUGAAACAUCUGGACCUGAGAUUCAACUACAAGCUGCAGGCUGCAGAUGUGGAGCAGCUGUCUGAUCUGGUGCAGAGUCCACACUACCAGCUGCAGACUCUCAGGUCGGAGCGCUGCAGUGUGUCAGAGAUCAGAUGUGAUGAUCUGGUCUCAGCUCUGGAGUCCAACCCGUCUGAUCUGGAACAUCUGGACCUGAGUAAGAACAAGCUGCAGGAUUCAGAUGUGAAGCAGCUGUGUGGUUUCCUGGGUGGUCCAGACUGCAGACUGGAGACUCUGAGGUUGAAGGACUGCUUGUUGUCAGAGAUCAGCUGUUCUUCUUUGGUCCCAGCUCUGAAGUCCAACCCCUCCCACCUGAAACAUCUGGACCUGAGUCACAACUACCUGUAUGAUUCAGGAGUGAAACAUCUGUGUGGUUUCCUGGAGAGUCCAGACUGCAGACUGGAGACUCUGAGGUUGGAGUUCUGCUUCUUGUCAGGGAUCAGCUGUUCUUCUCUGGUCUCAGCUCUGAAGUCCAACCCCUCCCACCUGAAACAUCUGGACCUGAGCAGGAACAACAACCUGCAGGCUGCAGAUGUGGAGCAGCUGUCUGGUCUGGUGAAGAGUCCAGACUACCGGCUGCAGACUCUCAGCAAAUGAAGCAAACAGCUGACGGUGGAGCAGGUGGAUUCUUCUCAGAGGAGACGUCCUCCUAUAAUCUCUCAACACCAGUAAAGGUUGGUGAAGCUUGUGUCUCCACCAACCUCCACCUCUCCCUCAUCAAACACCCUGGUCUGCUCCCACCGCACCUUCCUGCUCUCAGACUAACAUUCCUUCUGUCCCUGCUCCUAAAUCUGCUGAAAGCAGCAGUGAAGAGACACAACAGCGUGAAGAAGAAGACUCCAACCUGGGAGAAGGAUGUGAGCCUUUUAUCAGAAUGAAGGCGAUCCCAGCGAGCAACGCUCCGCCUUCCUCUGGUCCUCUAAAACUCUCCACCACAGGUUCCUGUGAGAGGAAGGAAAAGUCCUGCAGCAGGUCCCGUUCAAGCAGCUUUCCCUCGCCCACUCAUCAACCUUCUGCAGAAAGCAGAGCCCUAAAAAGAUGUGGAAGUUUCCCUGCCGGGAACCUGAGCAGCAGCUUUGAGGAGUUCACACCUGCCUGCACUGAUGAGUCUGCUGGUGAAAGCUCCAGGGGCCUCAUUUAUCAACCGUGCGUACGCACAGAUCUGUGCGUAAUGUGUGCGUAAGAACAUUCCCACGCAAAGUAUGGAAUUUAUCAACAUGUACCUGUGCGUAGGAACACGAAUAAAUGUAAGCACAACUCCGACCAUGCGUACACACAAAACCUAGUGGUAGAACAGUGAAACUACAAAUAGAACCCAGUAAAAGAGUCACAGUUCAGCGAUCUCAGACUUCACACAUGUUCCCCGUUUCCUCCAGUUAAUAAAAAUUCUCCAUUAGUAAUUUAGACAUUUUGAAUAAUUGGUGUGACAAGCUAUAAAAGACAGCUGUGGCAGGACGACCUGAAAAGAAAAUACAAGUACCAUGGCUUAUCUUGCACUGUUGGAGGAUUUAGAGACCGUGCGCUCCGAGGGAGCGUGUUUUCAAAGAGCUGAUCGUUCAGUGAGAGACAGAGCGGCUGCUCAGCAGGCACCGCUUCCCCAAAAACAUUCUGAUGGAUCUAUGCCGGGAUUUACAACCUAUGGUGGCGCGAGAGACAAAACGCACCAAAUCCAUCCCAGUCACAUCCAGCUCCAUCCACCCUGGGAUGUUUGGCCACGGGAACAUUCAGAGAGAGAUUGGAGACAUGCGGCAUUUCCCAGCAGAAUCAUGCGGGCAGUGUUGGAUGCAAUCAUUUCUCUGGCCCAACUUACAUCCAUCGCCGGAUUCCCAAACAUUGGAGCUACAGAUUGCACCCACAUCGCCAUAAAAGCACCAUCACACACUGAUGUGUGAAAAAAACGAUAUUGCCAAAAGUUUAUAUGAAACGAUGUCUUUGUUUCUUCAUUUUUAUUAAUACACUUCCCACUUCUCACUUACUCACUUCUCACUUACGCUUGUCAGUAAAUGUAUCUUUUUUUUUUGCUCUCAACCCCCCCAAAUGUUGAAUAUCUGUAGAUAAUUGAUUGUUUUGUUUCAUUUGCCUUUUAUUGUAAACCCUACAAAAUUUUGUUCAAUAAAUUUUGAAAAAAAAAACCCUCCUAGCGGGAGCUGUUUUUGCUCCAUAUAUGGUCAUUUGGAGGCGUUUCUGAACGCAAAUGACAGUAACCUGCACGAGCACGGCAGUUAAGAACAGGUGGGAUUUAUCAUCACUGAUGUGCCACCUGCCUGCUGUGCUGUUGCCGUCCCUGACCCACCAGUCUGGCCCUCGGCAGGAGGGUCCCCCCUUAUGAUCCUGGUCCUGCUCAAGGUUUCUUCCCUCCUAAAGGGGAGUUUUUCUUGCCACUGUUUGGCUUAAGGUUUUUCUCCCACUAGGGGAGUUUUUACCUGCCAUUGUUUAUGUAAUAACUGCUCGGGGGUCAUGUUCUGGGUAUGGGUCUCUGUAAAGCGUCUAGAGACAACUCUGUUGUAUUAGACGCUAUAUAAAUAAAAUUGAAUUGAAUUGAAUUGAAUUGAAUUGAAUUGAAUUGAAUUGAAUUGAAUGUGCGUACGACCGGUGUCCGCACGUUUGAUAAAUUCAGAUUUUUUUGUACUUACAUACAUUCUAAAUUUCAUUCCUACGACAGAAUUUAGAACCUUUUCUACGCACGGUUGAUAAAUGAGGCCCCAGGUUCCAGUGCUCCCGUCCAGGUCAGUACCAGUGCAGAGAGACUGGUGUUUCACAUGAAGGACGGAGGCCCGGUUCUGUACAGGAUCCUUCCUUGGAGCAGGAGCCAGCUGAGCCCACAUCACAAGAAGCUGCAGGAGCCUGUUUGAACUCAGGUGUGUGAAGGAGGUCCAUGUGUCAGCUUCACCUCCCUCACUGAGAUCCACAGGGGGAUGUCGCUUCCUGUUGGUCGCUCACGUGAACCAUGAUGUCAUCCAGUUCAUCAGGACUCAGAAGAUAACAGAAACUCAUGUUGUCAUCCAGUUCAUCAGGGGUCCGUUUCACAAAGCAGGUUCAACAAACUCUGAGUCUAAUCCUGAACUCUUAGUUGAUCUACUCUGAGAUCGGAAACUCUGAGUUUUCGGUUCCAGAACAGCGGAUUUGAGGUAAUUUACUCAACUCUAAGUAGUUUCACCUGGAGUUAAAUGCGUGCGCCACAACUAUAAAAAAGACAGUAUCUAUAGAGCCCUGAUACAACAAUUCACCAUGGCAACCGGCGACAAUAAAAGAUCCAAAUACUUUUUCUUUUUUUCAAACUUUAUUUAACAUUUCAAUUUACAAAAUCCCUUUGAGGAAACAUUAGUUUAAUACGUGCGUAUGGCGAGUAUGAGAGCAUAACAUUUAGAUCAAUUGGUACGGCAGCCGCCACACCUCGGCUUCAGGGGAAAAUGUAAAUGUUUUUUUUUUUUAACACAUUUAUGGAAUUACUCUGUGUUUAUUUGUAUUGAUUUAUUCUAUUACUUAAUACAUAUAAAAUAACUACAAAUGCAUAUCAGAACAACAUGAUGGAUUUCACUAGGUAUUAUCUUUCCCAACACUUGUACCCCCCCUCAUAUCUUGAAAUGUCCCAGCGUCCCUGAUGACAGUGGUCGCUAUCAAUCUGGUUUUUAGCUCUGCAGUGUUACUAACUUACAAAAAUGAAAAGGAAGCAGACAACCACGCAAUUUAAAAAAAGAAAGAAAGAAGGCCAAUGUUGCCCCAGCAGCAGCAGAUAUUAACGAGGCUGUUAGGCACUGAUGGAUUAAUUAUGCAAGUUCAUCUUAAGGUAAGAUAUCAAAUCAUCCUACCCUCUUAUAAAUCUGUUUAAGGGAAAUAUUUGACUUUUUUUUACUCUCUCUUUUUGUCUUCUGCUCCUCCCUCUCCUUUUUGCAUUUGGACUUUAACUGUUUGAAGUUAAACUGGGAUGUCCCUGUGAUAUUGUUGCACUGACAUAGUGAAUAAAGUGAACAGAAUGAGUUAAAUUGCGUUUGUCAGAUACUUUUUCUGCUCUCUAACUCUUCCUGUCCGUGGUGCAGAAAACGGAUGCGUAUCGCGUAAAGGUCAAUUGGCUGAAUUGACGCCACUGAGGGAGGAGACAGAGAGAUACUCAGGGUUUAUGGAAGUAAACCUGCUAGCGAGCAGGUUAGGUUCAGAGAGCCUGUUACUACGGUAACUGAUCGAGAGCUUAAGUUACCUCUCUUUGUGAAACAGGCUAGAGUUACCUCUCUCUCUCUGGUUUGAGUUACCUCCCUUUGUGAAACGGAAAACUCAGAGUUUCCCUCAUUUCAGGGUUAACAGACUCAGAGUUCUCACUAAACCUGCUUUGUGAAACGGACCCCAGGUCUCAGUAGAUAACAGAAACUCAUCCAGUUCAUCAGAAGAAAACAGAAACUCAUGUUGUCAUCCAGUUCAUCAGAAGAAAACAGAAACUCAAGAUGUCAUCCACGUCACGGGCUUUUCUAGUUUCGUUAACGUCAAACGCUGACGAUACACAACUGUACAUGGCCGUGUCUCCUCAUGACACUGGAACAAUUGAUGCCCUUUUUAACUGUAUUUUAGACAUCAAGUCAUGGAUGGCAGCAAACUUCCUACAGCUCAACCAGGACAAAACAGAGGUCUUAUGGUCCUUUUCCACUAGUAUCUACUCAGCGCUUCUACCCGCCACGGCCCCGUCUUGCUCUUUUCCACUACGGGCUGAAGCGGGUGGAGCCGUGCCAAGCAGAUACUUUUUCUGUAACCAUUCUGCCGAGGUUCUAACUGGGCUGAGCCGGGACUAUUUCUGACGUCAUCACCCUCCGCGCCACUGAUUGGUCGGGGGGCGGGGUCGUCAGACGUUUGAAUCAGGAAGCGGGAGUCAGCGCGAGGCGACUAGCGGCGAUUUUGUUAUACAGCACAAACGUCUGUUUGGUGAUCCAACUCUGAGGGUCAGAUGUUCAUAAACCUGGUGGCUGACGAUUCAAUUCAAUUCAGUUUAUUUGGGAAGGGACAGUGUACAUUCAUAUACAUUUAGAAUUAAAAAUGCAAAUGCACCCAAUUUUAGCUACAGAGCUAGUUUCCAUUGGCAGUCCCCCGGCUAAAAAUAUAAAACAAAGACAAGUUAAACAACAAGUUAGAACAAAUACAAAUAUAGCGUGCAAAAAGUUUCUGUUCGAGAGAAGACGAGAGAAUUAAAAAAGGAUGUAGACGGGCUGUUUUACUCUCAGCCACUCGCGGCUCCAGCUGAUUUCUCAUCUGCGCCGACACAAACAAAGGAGUUGCACAAUCGAGUACGUCACAGCAGCUUCACCCCAACCUGCCCAUUUCUCACCUGGGGGGGGGGACAAACCAGGACAAAGCGGGUGGAGCCGGGACGAGCCGAGUUGGGCUGAGUAAGUACUAGUGCAGUGUCUCCCAACCUGGGGUCCGGGCCCCCCCUGGGGGGGCGCCACAGAUCUCUGGGGGGGCGCGAAUCUUUGUCUGCUUUGAAAUUAUGCAGUUGUAAAAAUUAUAUUUGCGAAUGAGUCAUUCAUAAGACAUUGUUAAGAAUAAUUUAUGAAUGUCUUGAAUAGUUUUUGUGUUUUUUAUACACUGGUGACAAACACAGGAAAUUAUUUCAUUCCUUAUUAUUAUUAUAUCAGUACUCAACAUUUAAUCUACUCCAACAGGUUGUUAAAGGAAAAAUGUUGGUCUCAUAUUAAAAGAGACAUCUUUCAGAAAUAUUUUUAUGUCCUUUUAUGUGUAUUUUAUACAUUGGUGAUAUUGGACAAAAACAUAGGCAUAUAGUAAACCAAAGAGAAAUGUAUCAAAAAAACAUAAUUCAUGUUCAUUUUUUCAAUUAAAGACUCUUUUGGUGCUAGUACGUACAGGUCGGGGGGACUGGCUGGUCUUAGACACUAGUAGGGGGGGCUGCAAGGAAAAAAGGUUGGGAACCAGUGUACUAGUGGAAAAGCGCCAUUAUUCAUUGGUCCUGAAGCCCAGAGAGAGAAACUUUUACCAAAGUUACAGGAUUUUGAAUCCUCAAAAUCAGUUAAAAAUCUGGGCGUGAUUUUUGACUCUGAGCUCACUUUUAUUCCACAUAUUAAAACCAUAACAAAGAUAGGUUUUUACCAUCUUAAGAACAGCAAGAGUCCGUCCGUUUCUCUCUCAGGCCAGUACGGAGGUGCUAAUGCUUUUAUUAUUUGUGGUUUAGAUUAUUGUAACUCCCUGCUCUCUGGUCUUCCCAAAAAUAACAUGUACAACCUACAACUAUUACAGAAUUCAGCAGCAGCGUGCUGACAAGGACCAGAGGGCGGGAGACAUUACACCUGUUUUAAAAUCCCUGCAUUGGUUCCCUGUGCACUUCACCAUCCAUUUUCAGGUUCUUUUACUAGUUUUUAAGUGUCUUAAUGCUCUUGGGCCUUCUUAUUUGUCUGCCCUACUUUUUAAUACGUUUUAUGUUUGUGUAUUUGUUUCAUGUAAAGCACUUUGUGCUGCAUUCUAUGCAUGAAAGGU